AUGGCCAAGCUGCACCGGCUCGUCUCCGUCGUGCUCAGGCUCGUCGCGGCCGUCACCGCGGCCGCCGCGGCGAUAAUCAUGGUGACCAGCCGCGAGACCACCAGCUUGUUCGGCCUGGAAAUCGAGGCCAAGUUCUCUCACAUUCCGUCAUUUAUCUUCUUCGUGGUGGCAUACGCCGUGGCAUGCGUCUACAGCCUGCUCGUCAUCCUCGUGCCGCCCGGGGGCGCCGCCUCGAGAUUGGUCGUCAUGGCCGACGUGGCAAUGGGGAUGGUGCUCACCGGCGCCGUGGCGGCCACGGGCGCGAUCGCGGAGGUCGGGAGGAACGGCAACGAGCACGCCGGGUGGCUGCCGAUCUGCGAGCAGGUGCACGGCUACUGCAACCAGGUCAUGGGAGCCCUCAUCGCCGGGUUCGUCGCGCUGGUCGUCUACUUCCUCAUCAUCAUGCACUCCCUCCACGCCGUCACUGAUACCAUGUGUCCGUGCCAUUAG